ACUUGGUUUUCAUCAACAAUCACUUAUUACCGGAUGGUUGAGUCUAUUUCCUAUUCAUGUUUUACUUAAUUCUAUUAUGAACUCUAGUUCCCCUUCCUCCCAAAUGAAACAUUUAUCCAAGCAUUACUAACUAUUUUGUUUUUAAAGAAAGCUAUUGAUUAUGCUCAUGAUUACCGUUUCAUCCGAGGUGCAGCUAUGCAUUGCCGUUCCCUGCCACAUAUUUAAGUUGUGGGCUUUUAUUGGAAUCAUGUUUCAGGUUCCUUUAGUCAUGAUCACCAAUUAUCUGCAAAAUAAGUUUACAAACUCUAUGGUUGGAAAUAUGGUUUUCUGGUUCAUAUUUAGUAUUCUUGGUCAACCUAUGUGCGUACUGUUAUAUUACCAUGACCUGUUGAACCGGAACAAGGGAAUUGACUAAGCUUAGUAUUCCAUGCAUGUUAAUGAUGAGUUUUCCACUUCAAAGAGCAAUAAUUUUAGAUCUGUGGCCCUCUUUUGUUCUCUAUUUUCAAUAUAUCAUUGCUCUGGGCUCUAUGUAAUUUGAAGCUUCUUUGGAGUUAUCUCAUCUUUUGAUCUCCGCAGCAUUUCUUCUGAACUCAGGUUGCUUUGACACUUCUGCUUAUAUAUGCACGCAUGCACUUUUGAAGGUAAAAAGAACUAAAGUGGCUGUGCCAGGGGUUUUCAUUCAUCACCAUUUGUAAAUAACGGUGACAUGUUAUAGGACAGUUUAUGUAUUACUGCA